UUAAAUUCCGGAUUUUUCAAAAAAAAAUAAAAUCUAAGAAAGAAAAAAGAUACAAAUUAAUCAACCUAACAGUGAUAGAUACAUAUCACACUGUGUUUUCAAAAAAAAAAAAGAAAAUUACGUAUCUCGAAAACCCUUCUUGAAUUUAUAUGAAUAUAAAAUUUAUAUGAUUUCCAAUUUUGUCCUAAAUCAAAAAUAAUAGAAAGAAGAAAAAAAAAUCCUUGCAAAGGAUAUUUUUUUGUUGUUGUUGGUUCAAGUGGAAAUACAUUAGUGUGGUGUAUGUUCUUGUGAGCGAUACAUUUUUAUAAAUCGUUAUUUUGCGUGAAUAUUGGCCGUUAUCGUGUGAAAAUAUCCUUAGUAGCUAUAUAGGGAAUUUUUGUGUGGCUUUCUCAAGGAUUUAAAUAAAUUUUUCUCCUCCUUUGCCACCAUCACCACCUCUCACAUCCUCUGCCGAUAGAGUGUGUAUAUUUAUUUAUGUUAAACUGUGGUUUCUGAUGGGCAACAAAAAUUAUAUAUAUAUUAAUCUGAUUUGUGAAUAAAAAUAUAUAUAAAAAAAAAGAUAAAUCCUUUCCAUUAACAAAAAAAAAAAAAUAAAGGAUUACCAGUUUUAAAGAGGAUUAUGUGAAUAUACAAAAAAAAAAUAAAAUUAGUUGUGUGUGAAAAAAUAUCCUUAAGGAUAUACCUGAAAAAGAAUAUAAAUUUUAUUCGCGAUUAACCAUGGAUUACCAGUGCAGAUUGCCGCAAGGAUACGACUCUUAUCAAAACCUUGUUUGAAAAAGGAUAUUUUUUGAAAGAAAUUUCUGUUGAAACUUUUUUUUUUGUUUUUGAUUUUUUGUUAUCCUUUUUUUUGGUUGAUUUAAAAUUUUUUAUUUUGAACUUUUGAUCAAAAAGGACUUUUUUUUUAAAUCAUCAAAAAGGAUAUUCUCACAAUUCCUCAACCAAAUAUGCAUCAUAAUAAAAUCCGUUAUAAAAUCCUGCUCAAUUAUAGCAGUCGAUCAAAUCUAAGUAUACUAAUGAUCGUGAUAACCUUGCUAACAACACUUUCGCAUAGAUCCUUAUUAGUAAGUGCGUCACGAUAUAAUCGACAAAAUCACGUUAUGUACAGUGGCAGUAGUAGUAGUAACAGUAAUAGUGAUGUGGAUGAUCGUGGCGUUGGGCGCCAUGGACAUAAUCGAAAUUCCAAUAAUAAUCAUAACGAUGUAUAUAGUGUGAAUGAUGCAAUGUUGCUGCCACCUAUUAUGAAUCCGAAUGAAGAUAAUCCAAUGAUCGUGAAUCAGCAACAGUUGAGUAGUUGUCAGACAGUUUGUGCGUGCAAGUGGAAAGGUGGUAAACAAACUGUGGAAUGUAUUGAUCGAUCAUUAAUUCAAAUACCGGAAAGUAUUGAUCCAUCGACUCAGGUGUUGGAUAUGUCUGGCAACAAGUUGCAGACGCUUUCGAAUGAACAAUUUAUUCGGGCGAAUUUGCUUAACCUUCAGAAGUUGUAUUUGAGAAAUUGCAAGAUCGGUGAGAUUGAACCGGAGACUUUUAAGGGACUCACGAAUUUGGUGGAAUUAGACUUAUCCCAUAAUUUGUUGGUAGUGGUACCCUCAAAUGCCUUGGGCUUCAUUCCAUCUCUAAGGGAUCUAACAUUGGCAUCGAAUCAUAUUCAUAAAAUCGAAGCUUUUUCAUUUGGAAGCACUCAAAGUCUCCAUAAGUUGGAUUUAUCUCACUGUGACAUUCAAACGUUGGCCCCACAAGCUUUUGAGGGUUUGGAAGGUCUGACCCUACUCAAACUUAAUGGCAACAGACUGAGUGAAUUGCGACCCAAGACGAUCGAGACUUUGAGCAGGCUUCAUGGUAUCGAACUGCAUGAUAACCCUUGGAUGUGUGAUUGCCGACUAAGAGCAGCCAAAUUAUGGCUUCUUCAAAAGAACAUUCCUUAUCCAGUAGCUCCGACAUGUUCUGGAGGUCCUGAACGAGUUUUGGACCGAUCAUUUGCUGAUCUUCAAGUUGAUGACUUUGCCUGUCGGCCAGAAAUGCUUCCGAUCAAUCACUACGUUGAAGCAACGAUGGGCGAAAACGCUUCGAUAGUGUGCAGGGCUUCAGCAAUUCCAGCUGCGACAAUAAACUGGUAUUGGUCGGGAAGACUUCUAGCAAAUGGAAGUGCUUUCAGUGCCUAUCAGAGGGUCUAUAUAUACGAAGAUGGCCAGUUUGAAAAACGCAGCCGAUUAAUCCUAACGAACGCUCAAGAAACUGAUUCCAGUGAGUUCUACUGUGUGGCGGAGAAUAAAGCUGGGACUGCUGAAGCGAAUUUCACUCUCCACGUUAGUAUGAGGGCAGCUGGUAUGGCUUCAUUGGGAAGUGGACAAAUUGUAGGCCUAAGCGCAGCUUUAGUGAUCCUCAUUCUCUUCAUCUUCCUCAUAAUCAUGUUCCUUUUACUACGAUUACGUCGAACUCCAUUUAUCGAAAGUAAGACCCCCAACCAUCUCGAGGUCAUAACAACGAUGAACCAUCAAAAUUCGAUUACAAACAAGACCCAACCACCAACUGGCAAUGGAAAUAUUGGUGGAGUAGUGAUCGCUAAUGGAGCAAUUCCGAACUGUGCGACUUUAGAUCGCAAGGGAAGUGUGAACGAUCGAAUGCAUGCUGAAUCGAAUGACACAAAUCCAGUACAGAAACCUCCCAGAUUGACAGAUCUGGCUUAUACCACGAGUAACUAUGACAAUAAUGGGAGUGUUCUCUCCACAGCAACUUGCUUUAUCUCGCCGACAGCCUCGGCUGGAAACAAUCCAGACCUAAUAAACGACACAAAACGCUUUGGCAGUGAUGAAUUUGCAGAUUUGAAAAUCCCAGCGAUUUUAACGGCGAAUUCAAGCGGCGAAUACAGUCGAGCCGGAGGUUGUGACUCACUGUAUCCAUCUGGUCUCUGGGAGACCGCAACAACAUCCUCCUCAUCGGCGACUGAUGAUCUCUAUCUUAAAAGAGCAACUAGCACAACAAUAUCCGGUUACACCGGAUACUCGGACAAAACGCCAAUCAUGGAAACCAACCAAUUGUACGAUCUCCAUGAACGCACCACAGAUUACUUUAGUAAGACAUUCCCCCGUACACAUUUCAAUAAUGCCCCCUCGACUUCGUCUUCCAUGAUGGUUGGCGGUGGGGCUCAUUCGACAACAUCCACAACAACGACGAAUUUGUCGUCGGGUGGCAACUCUACCUGUGGCUAUCCAUCAGAUUAUGGACUGCCAUUGGUGCCGGGUGCCGAAACACAAAUCCAUCAUACCAUGCAUCCCAUUUAUAAUAAUAAUAAUGCAACAUCAGCGAUGCAAUCGACCAGUUGCAACAAUAUCAACAAUAACAGUAGUAAUAGUAGUACUAGAAGCUCAACAACAACACCAUCAACAACGGUGGUGACGCAGCAACAACAUCAUCAGCAACCCCCUCUGACGAAUCUUAGUGGAACUCAGCAACAACAUCAGCUGCUGGCUAAUGGGGUACCGGUGAAUGCGAAAACGAUACGGGUCUGGCAGAAGGGUGGUGUGCCAGUGUUGCCACCAGUGACAGCCUUGAAACGUGCAUUAAUAAGCAGCAGUAGGAGUUCGCCGGAUGAGGGUUAUCAGGAGGGAUGUGGAACUGAUGUUUAAGUUUGUUAAACCAUUUUUUAUUUUAUUUUUUUAUGAAUUUUUAAAAUUUUUAAGUUUUUUUUUUUAUUUAACAUUACGACCAGUUAUUUGUAGAUACGUUUUUUAAAAUGCAAAAAAAGAAAAAAAUUAUUAUUUUUUUAGCUCUUU